AUGGACACCGACGAGGGCCAGCCCGCUGCUGGAGCUAUGGACGAGCGCACCAUCCAGCUCCAGAAUGCCAUCCAGGCGAUCAAGGAGAAGAAGCCGCUGCCCGAGAUCGAUUUCACCAUUCACACCAUGGAGGAUGGCACCCAGGUCAACACCACGGAGCGAGUCUGCAAAGACGUACAAGCGCCGGCAAUGUUCAAGCCCACUGACGAGCAGUUCUUCGAGGACGAAACCCACACGAAACCCAACAUUACCUUCCUCAAGCAGCAUUUCUACCGCGAAGGUCGAUUGACCGAGGAACAGGCCUUAUGGAUCAUCAAGACAGGUACCGAACUGCUACGCGCCGAGCCCAACCUUCUCGAGAUGGAUGCGCCCAUCACAGUUUGUGGAGAUGUUCACGGGCAGUACUACGACUUGAUGAAGCUGUUCGAAGUUGGUGGCGACCCAGCGGAGACCAGAUACCUCUUCCUCGGUGACUAUGUCGACCGCGGCUAUUUCAGUAUCGAAUGCGUUCUGUACUUAUGGUGUCUCAAAAUCCACUACCCCAAGACGCUUUGGCUGUUACGGGGGAACCACGAGUGCCGUCAUCUUACCGACUACUUCACCUUCAAGCUCGAGUGCAAGCACAAGUACUCCGAGACCAUCUAUGAGGCCUGUAUGGAGUCUUUCUGCUGCCUACCUCUUGCGGCCGUCAUGAACAAACAGUUCCUCUGCAUCCACGGCGGACUCAGCCCUGAACUGCACACCUUGGACGAUUUGAGAACCAUCGACCGUUUCCGGGAGCCGCCAACACAAGGCCUCAUGUGUGACAUCCUCUGGGCUGACCCGUUGGAGGACUUUGGCCAGGAGAAGACUAGUGAAUUCUUCAUGCAUAACCAUGUGCGCGGCUGCUCGUACUUCUUCUCAUACCCCGCUGCCUGCGCGUUUUUGGAGAAGAAUAACCUACUCUCUGUCAUUCGGGCACAUGAAGCACAGGACGCUGGCUACAGGAUGUACAGGAAGACUAGAACGACGGGAUUUCCCAGUGUCAUGACCAUCUUCUCCGCCCCAAACUACCUCGAUGUCUACAACAACAAAGCGGCCGUGUUGAAGUACGAGAACAACGUUAUGAACAUUCGACAGUUCAACUGCACGCCUCACCCCUACUGGCUUCCCAACUUUAUGGACGUAUUUACUUGGUCUCUGCCAUUCGUCGGAGAGAAGAUCACUGACAUGCUGAUUGCCAUCUUGAGCACGUGCUCCGAAGAGGAGCUGAAGGAAGAUACAUCGGUACCGACUUCUCCCGGGCCUGCCUCUCCACCUAUCACUGGACCGCUUGCCGAUCCUGAUUCUAUCGAGUACAAGAGACGUGCAAUCAAGAACAAGAUUCUGGCCAUAGGCCGACUGUCUCGCGUGUUCCAGGUACUCCGCGAAGAGUCCGAGAAGGUUACAGAACUCAAGACGGUUUCGGGUGGGCGUCUGCCAGCUGGAACGCUCAUGCUCGGUGCUGAGGGUAUCAAGAAUGCCAUCAGUAGUUUCGAAGACGCUAGAAAGGUUGAUCUGCAGAACGAGCGCCUUCCACCGACACACGAAGAAGUUCAGAGACAAAAUGAUGAACAGCACCAAGCAGCUCUGGAGAGGGCUACACGGGAGGCAGAUAACGACAAGAAGUUGCAUAACCUGGGCAGAAGGUUGAGCACCGAUCGCAAGCGAUGA